GCGGGUGCUGUUAUGAAGAAAAAUUCCUUGGUGUAAUCACAGAUUACUGCAAGAAAAAAGAAAUGACUAAAUGAUGGCGACAAAAAAUUUAACAGGACGUGGAACAGAAACAAAAACGAUCCAAGAACUACUUUGUUUCCCCGCUUUCAUAAGUGGAUUACAACAACAACAACUGAUCUGUCUCGCAACAGUCAACAUUUUCCUCUCCGUCACGUCAUUUCUCGGAAAUUGUCUGAUCCUUGUUGCCCUUCACAGAGUGUCUUUCCUUCAUCCUCCGUCAAAACUCUUAUAUCGUAAUCUGGCAACAACUGAUCUGCUGGUUGGUCUUGUUUCACAGCCUCUCAGCGCUACUUAUUGGAUCUCCUUAGUGUAUGAACACUGGAGUCUUUGUCGAUAUGCAAAUAGCGCAGCCUACAUCACAAGCUAUGCAUUGUGUUCAGUGUCUUUGAUGACUAUGACGGCCAUAAGCGUGGACAGACUUCUCGCCCUGUUGAUAGGGCUCAGAUACAAACAAAUUGUAACUUUGAGACACACAGGUAUCAUUUUAAUUAUAUUCUGGGUUCUAUCCAUCGUCGCUGUUUUAUUGUACGCAGUAGAAUACCGUAUCACUGAAUGGUAUGGUCGUAUAGUUAUACCGUCAUGCCAAGUUAUCUCAUUUCUCUCGUACAUGAAAAUUUUUUGCACUCUCCGUCAAUAUCAUGCACAAAUACUAGAUCACGUUCAACAAGAGCCAAGCCAACCAAAUGCACUUAAUAUCGCGCGAUACAGAAAGGCAGUGUGCAGUGCUUUAUGGGUGCAGUUAGCAUUAGUUGCUUGUUAUUUGCCGUAUGGUGUGGUGGAAAUUGUGAUUAACCACAGCAAAGCAUAUUCAUUGCACUUAGUCAUCGUUAGGGGAGUUGCAGUUGUCUUAGUUCAUUUUAACUCCACGUUAAACCCGUUUCUUUACUGCUGGAAGAUUGGUGAAGUAAGACAAGCAGUGAAGCUGACAAUCAGACAAGCACUUUGCAUUCUCUGGAGUUAAAACCCGCUUGAACUGACUCAUAAAGUAUCGGUUAUCACUAGAGAUGUUCGUUGGAUAAUUUAUUG